GUGGUGGGCUAAAAGCCCAAUCCAUAAUCUCUCUCUCUCUUUCUCUGACUCUCUCUUUAUCCACCGAGUUUAUCGUGUGAUUGUGGCACUGAGAGACGGCAAUGGCGUCCGUUGCGGUUAUGGCUACGAGCAGUGACAGCAAACUGUCUAUGGCUUCCUUGCUCUCUGCUUUGCCUUCUCAUUCUUCUUCUCCAAUUUCCUCUUCAUUGCACUUUCCUUCAUUCAAAUCUUCAUCAUCUUCUUCAAUGAAACUCCGAAUUUCGAGAACCAAACUCAAAUCCCUUCUUACCCCUUUCACUGGACUUGUCCCUCUUAACUCUCUCUUCCUCUCCUCUGCUUCUUCUUCUUCAGAAUAUACUGGCUAUGAUCACUCUCUUACCAUUAUUGACAAUGGUGGUCGAGUCUAUGCCAUGAGGCAUGGGAGGAGGGUGCCAAAACUCAACCGGCCACCCGAUCAGCGCCGCGCACUCAUUCGAGGCCUUACAACUCAGCUUCUUAAAUAUGGCCGCAUCAAGACCACCAGAGCAAGGGCCAGUGCAAUUAGGAAGUAUGUUGAUAAAAUGAUCACUUUGGCAAAGGAUGGGUCUCUUCAUAAAAGGAGACAAGCCCUUGGGUUCAUCUAUGAGAAGCAAAUUGUUCAUGCUUUAUUUGCAGAGGUUCAAGAACGUUAUGGUGAAAGAAAUGGGGGUUAUACAAGAAUUAUAAGAACCCUACCGAGGCGGGGUGAUAAUGCUCCCAUGGCUUACAUUGAACUUGUGUAACCAUUGCUUUUAUUUGGGUGCAAUUGUUAGCAAUCUCACUGCAAUGUUGAGCGUGGGUAUGCAUCAAUGGUAACGAUUGAUUCUACAGUUUUCCUCCUAUUAAGUUGUAUUUGAUUAUUUGUAUUAUGCCUAUUUGACUAGUUCUUGGUCUGCAUCUCUUUCUGUACUCAUGGACAAACAACCAUCUUUGAUCUUAAGAUAUUAUCUGUAGAAGGUUAUAGAUCACUUAUUUUUUAAGAUUACAGAUGCUUUGACUAUUAAGUGCGUUUGUAUUUGUAUUAUGCCUUUUUUUAUUAGUUCUCUGUUUGCAUCGCCUGUACUUAUGAGCAAACAAUCAUCUUUGAUAUCAAGUGAUCAUCUGCAUAAGGUUAUAUAUUCACUCAUUGUUUUGAAUUACAGAUAUUUUAAGCAUGUUUUUGACUA